CCUGGACUCAUGGAGCACCGUCUACAACGCUGCGGACUUCUGUGCUGGAGGUGAUCCAUCAAAUCUAUUUGGCGCAGUGCAUGUGACGGCUUCUGCGUCUUGUCCUAUUCCAAGAGUCGAUUCCCGUUGGUCGACGGUGGAGGGGUAGCAGCAGCACCUUAUCCCCGACAGCAGAGUACCAAUAUUGACUAUCUGCCACACCUAUCUGCGACGGCAAGCGUGAGGAGGCGUCCUCCCUCUUCUCAUCAUGAGUUCAGGCGGCGGAGAUGCGAAGCUCUUUGCUCGAGUACGUACUGUCCUAUAACAUCCGUCUGUCUCUGUCCCUUGCGCUGCUAUUAUUCUUUUCACCACAGACUAUACCCCGUUCUAUUGUCCUUGUACUGUACUGCAACGCGCACAUUGUGCCACCACAUUCCAAUUACCUAUCAUGCUUUGACGGCGCCAACAUCCCACCUCGAGUGAUUGAUCUACCCCAUAUCAGCUCACACGACGGUCUCCCUCCCCUGCCCUCAUGGCAAUGUUCCUCCCUCACUACAUCCCUCCCAUGGGCUAUGGAAUUGGUGGCUCACCAUACUUGCGUUCUGCACAGGGCAAAGUCGCCGAAUUACGAUUGGAGUUGAAUAGCGGGGGAAAGAAGGACAAGAACCAUGCGGCAAAGAAGAUCGCCCUCAAGAAGAUCGUGGCCAAUAUGACCAUGAGCAACAACGACAUGGUGGCUUUGUUUCCAGAUAUUGUGGGGUGUAUGCAAAUACCGAGUUUGGAAAUCAAGAAGAUGUGCUUCUUAUUUCUUGUGAACUAUGCUCGCAUGAAGCCAGAAGUUGCGCUGAAAGCCCUCCCUACAUUACAAGAGGACAUGAACGAUUCGAAUCCUCUGGUCAGAGCUUUGGCAUUACGAACCAUGUCAUAUAUCCACGUUCGCGAAUUUGUCGAAGCCACCGUUCCUCCAACUAAACUCCUCCUACGAGAUGCAGACCCAUAUGUGCGGAAAACAGCAGCUUUCUGCGUCGCGAAAUUAUAUGAUCACGACCGACAUUUAGUGGAAGCAUCAGAUCUUAUUGAUCGGCUGAAUUCGAUGUUGAGAGACGAUAAUCCGACGGUUGUGGCGAGUGCUCUGGCGAGCUUGAUGGAUAUUUGGGAAAGAAGCGACGCGAUCAAAUUGACAAUCGAUUAUGGGAAUGCUUCGAAAAUGGUGCAGAUCUUGCCGGAUUGUUCAGAGUGGGGGCAAACAUAUAUCCUGGAAGCUUUGAUGUCCUAUGUCCCUCAAGAGUCUUCCGAGGCCCUGUUACUAGCCGAGCGAAUAUCCCCACGACUGUCACAUUCGAAUUCUGCGGUAGUGCUUACUUGCAUACGAGUAAUUCUCUAUCUCAUGAAUUACAUUGCGGAUCAAAAGCAGAUCUCCAUACUGUGCCGCAAGCUCUCGCCUCCUCUGGUAACGCUGCUUGCAAAGGGGCCAGAAGUGCAGUAUCUUGCGCUAAGAAAUGCACUACUAAUCUUGCAGCGACGACCAGAAGUGCUGAGGAAUGAUAUUCGAGUAUUUUUCUGCAAGUACAACGACCCCAUUUAUGUCAAGGUUACCAAGCUUGAAUUGAUAUUCAUGCUGGCAAGCGAGAAGAACAUCGAAGAAGUGUUGACCGAGUUGAGAGAAUACGCGACAGAGAUUGAUGUUCAUUUCGUCCGGAAAUCUGUACGAGCUAUUGGGAAACUGGCCAUCAAGAUUGAGCCUGCUGCGAGGAGGUGUAUUAACACUUUAUUGGAACUCGUGGCAACAAAGGUUACGUACAUUGUCCAAGAAGCGACAGUCGUGAUCAGGAACAUUUUCCGAAAAUAUCCCAAUCAAUACGAGUCGAUCAUUUCAACGUUAUGCGAGAACCUUGAUUCUCUGGAUGAGCCAGAAGCCAAGGCGGCUAUGAUUUGGGUUAUCGGACAGUACGCAUCGCGAAUUGAGAAUUCGGAUGUUCUCCUUGAGGAUUUCCUGUAUUCAUUUGCAGAUGAGCCCGUUGAGGUCCAGCUUGCACUCCUCACGGCUACAGUCAAACUCUUCAUACAACGGCCAACAAAAGGCCAAGAUCUCGUUCCGAAAGUGCUGAAGUGGGCGACGGAAGAUACAGACAAUCCAGAUUUGAGAGACAGAGGUUACAUGUACUGGCGUCUUCUUUCAUCAGAUAUGGCUACUGCAAAAUCCAUCGUGAUGGGCGAGAAGCCACCGAUCACGGCCGAAUCUGAGAAACUGGAUCCGGCCACACUGGAAGAGAUGUGCUUGAAUGUUGGCACCCUAGCAACAGUGUACCUCAAGCCCGUUCAGCAAGUUUUCCGCUCUGCUCGACCACGAAGACUGCAAGACAGUCCAGCUCUCCAGAAACACAUGCUCCCUACUGCCAAUGGUCUCGAUGGGCAAAAGUCUCUCUCCACAUUUGGCAUGGGGGGCCAACCAACAGUUCGGCCACCCCAGAAUGGGGACCUUGCAGCGGCUGUCGAUGCAGCAGAUGAAUUCUUCGCUGGUGUCGGCAGUCACCAAAUGGCUGCCAUGAACAUCAAUGGUAGCAACGACGAUGGGUUCGGAGGCAGUCCAGUCGUAGGGAGAGGAGAGAUGCAGUAUGUGGUUAAUCAGAGUGCGCCUGAGCAGGUCUACCAACCUACAAUGGGACGUGGCUCCAACGGAGAUCUUCUUAUGCUGUAAGCAUGCCUCUAAAGGCUAGGGUAAUGAAGGGCAUCUAUCGGCUGAGGUGUCUGGGUGGGAAUUCAAAAUAUGUUUGUCUAAGCGAAUUGCUUGAUGUUGAUGUUCGUUGAUGCAUGGGAGGUGUUUCCAUAUGCAUAGAUCGCGGAUAGGAGCUGCGACGUCGAUAGUUUGAAGAUGUCAAAUGUAUAUUGUUGUAAUGCGAGUAUUGAAAACAAGUGUUUGAAUUCUAUUUUCACUGUCUUGUCGAUCUAAGCAUGUCUUGGAAAGUGCCUGGCAUUUUUAAAUUCCGAUGGAAGUUUCUUCACAAUCCUUCAAAUUUGUAACAUAAUCUACACGCAGAAACCU